AUGUCUAACCAUGACGAAGAGAGAAACCACGAGCUCCAUCCAUUCACGACACCACAAUUGCAAUUAAACACAUCAAACACUAAUACCACCACACAAAACCACCAUCCCACACCAUCCUCCACCAUCGCUCGCCGCCCACGGGGGCGUCCCCCUGGCUCCAAGAACAAGCCUAAAAUUCCUGCCAUGGUAACACAUGACAUUCCUAAUGCACUAACUUCUCAUGCUCUUGAGAUCACAACUGGUGCCGAUGUUUUAAAGAGUCUCUUUGAUUACACUCGUCGUAAAGGGAAGGGUAUCUACAUCCUUGGUGGAAAUGGAGUGGUGAGGUAUAUAAGGCUACGUCAACCAACGGGGAAAGUUUUAACUCUCAAGGGAAGGAUACAAAUUCAUUCAAUAUCUGGUAUGAUUUUCUCGCCCCCAACAUCAAGGGCUGCUGGAGGAUUGACAGUUUACUUAUCAGGACCAAAGGGACAUAUGAUUGGGGGGAGCGUGAUGUCCCCUAUGGUGGCGUCAAAUUCAAUAACUUUGAUGGCUUUUUCUUUUGCAAACAUCACAUAUGAAAAAAUUUCUUCGGUGGCAUAA